UGCUCCGCGUCCGUGCUUUACAAUCGUAACUUACUACGUAUACAGUCAUCUCGCGCAUUUUUUGCUAAUUAACCCAGUAACCAGUAAGCAAGAAACUACGGGUAUAAAUAUAAUAUAUAUAUAUAUAGAAUUUUUGUACAUUCAAGAUUUUUAAAAAAAAUUGAGAGACAGAAUGACAGACUGCUGAAGUAGACUGCUUAAUUAAUUCUGUACUGUGGAGACUAGAAACAAGAUUUUUUUUUAGUAAAAUCAAAUAAACAUAUUUAUUUGUAUGAAUUUAGUCUGAAGAAUAUUUUAUUUAACCUAUUGAAAUGUAUAACAUUAUUUAACCAACGAAAUAAAAUGUCCAAAAGUAUAGAUUAUGAUAAAGCUUUAGAAUACUGGGCUGAAAUCCCACCUACAGUUGAUGGAGUACUUGGUGGUUUUGGAUAUAUAUCAAAUGUGGAUAUAAUUGGCUCUACGCAAUUCCUUAAUAAUCUAUUCUCACAAGGAAAUGGUCCUGGAAGACAAAUCGCACUCGAUUGUGGUGCUGGAAUUGGAAGAAUUACAAAACAUUUGUUAGCACCUCAUUUUAAUGAAGUUGAUGUGAUUGAACCAGAUAAAAAGUUUCUAACUGAACUAUUGAAUUAUGUGGGACAAGAUAGUAAGAAAGUAGGAACUUUAUAUAACAGUAGCUUGCAAAAUUUUCAGCCAGAAAGAAAAUAUGAUGUUAUUUGGAAUCAAUGGGUUUUAGGUUAUUUAAAAGACGAAGAUUUAGUGUCUUAUCUCAUUACUUGCAGAAAAUCUUUGACAAAAAAUGGAGUAAUCAUUGUUAAAGAAAAUGUAACAUCAUCGGGAUUUACAGAACCAGAUGAAGCAGACUCAUCAAUAACAAGAUGCUUUAAGCAAUAUAUAACAAUAUUUAAAAAAGCAAAUUUAAAAAGAAUUAAACAAUGUAAACAAACUAAUUUUCCAAAUGGAAUAUAUCCUGUUUACAUGUUUGCCUUAAUUCCAAACAAAGAUCAUAAUUCUGAUCAAUAAGGAAAAUAUAAGCAUUUGAUGAAUUUGGAAACAUGUCAAAGUUUUUUUAAAGGUAGAAUGAAAUAAUGUUCAUUUGAAGACAAUUACUAUUUUAUUAUACAUCAAUUCUAAACUAUAUUCCAAGAAUGAAAAGAAACUCUAAAUUGAAAUGUACACAUGGUUUUAUAGCUUGAAUUAGAUAUCAUAUCUUCUUAUGGGUGAACUUGUGGGUGAAGUAUCAAUGUUGUAGUUAUUGACUUUUAUAUAAUUUUUUAUAUAAUCUCUGUCACUUUCUGACAACAUUGACCAGCUUUCUAAUUCUACCAAAAUUUCCAAACUUAUGCAAUUUUUUAUAAUUUGUUCUAUUGAUGCAAUGGUAAGAAAAUCUGAUUGCAUUAUUCUUAGUUCUUUGAGAUAAAUUAAAGGAUUUUUUUCAAACAACAUCAUUAUAAAAUUAUCAGUCAACUGAACAGCUGUGCCUAUUUGAAUAAACUCAAUAUUAAUACAAUUACAUAGUAAAAAUAAUAACUGCUCAUCGGAAAAUCCAGAUACACAAGUAAGUUUUCUUAAAUUCCUAAAUGGUAAAAUCUCUAACUUUUUGGUAUACAAAGAUGUAUGUUGAAUAAGUGAACAGUUAUAAAAUGUUAAAGUAUGUAAUAGUGGGCACAUUUGACUUAUGUACAUCAAGGCAUUCAAGUCUAUUUGAUCCACAUGUUCCAAAUGUAAAUAAGACAAAUUGCAACCCUUUACUUGUAAUACUUGUUUUAUUUGAUCUGCAUAAAAAUCGCAAGAUAAUAACUUGAGUUUGGAGAGGUUUUUCAAUCCAAUAAUCACUAAUAAAUCACUUUGCAAUGUGUUAUGAAAUACUGUCAUAUUACAAAUGUUAGGGCAUGUAUCAACAGCUAGUUGUAGAUGUUUACUGUUAGCAUAUCGACUUACAAAUAUUUUUAAAUUAAAUGGCAAUGAUUCUGGGCAA